UAGUUCCAUCAUACAAACCUUUCCAACGUUUCAAGAGUUCCAGGACCCAUACAACCUUCCACUAGCCAUAGCAUUUGCUACUCUACUCUUGAACUCUCUUCACUACUUUCAUCUUUCUAAGCUCUCUUUAGCAGAGAAAAUGGGUACAAGUAAUGGUUUCAUGCUUCACCCAAUUCCUGGGGGUCUUCGGGCGCUCAUUAUUUGGUCCAUUUUGUUAUGUUUUGGUCGACUAUCUUUUGGUGCUAAGAGCAGGCACUUCAAAUGGGAAGUAGAGUAUUUGUUCUGGUCUCCGGAUUGCAUUGAGAAUGUCGUGAUGGGGAUCAACGGCCAGUUUCCCGGCCCGACCAUCAGAGCAAAAGCCGGAGACACCAUUGUUGUUGAACUCACUAACAAACUCUCCACUGAGGGAGUUGUCAUUCACUGGCAUGGAAUCAGACAGUUUGGAACACCUUGGGCAGAUGGAACCGCUUCCAUUUCACAGUGUGCUAUCAACCCUGGAGACACCUUCCAUUACAGGUUCAAAGUUGAUAGGGCAGGAACAUACUUUUACCACGGGCACUUGGGCAUGCAGAGAUCAGCAGGGUUGUAUGGGUCUCUUAUAGUGGAUGUCGCAGAAGGAGAAAAAGAGCCAUUUCAUUAUGACGGCGAAUUCAACCUCUUGCUGAGCGACUGGUGGCACAAUAGUGUUCAUGAGCAAGAAGUUGGCCUCUCCUCCAACCCAUUUCGUUGGAUUGGUGAACCCCAGAGCUUGCUGAUGAACGGAAGAGGGCAGUACAACUGUUCCCUGGCAGCGCAGUUUAGCAACUCCUCCGCCACCCAGUGCAAAUUGAGAGGAAACGAACAAUGCGCACCCAAGAUCCUGCACGUGCUCCCGAAUCAGACCUACAGGCUCAGAGUUGCCAGUACCACUGCCCUAGCUUCCCUCAACUUGGCCAUUGGGAAUCACAAAAUGGUGGUGGUGGAGGCUGACGGGAAUUAUCUCCAGCCAUUCGCCGUUGAUGACUUGGACAUAUACUCCGGCGAAAGCUACUCGGUGCUAUUAACCACAGACCAAGACCCUUCCAAGAACUAUUGGCUUUCGGUCGGCGUAAGAGGAAGGCUUCCGGCGACGCCUCCCGGCCUUACCCUCCUAAAUUACCGACCAACCUCGGCCUCAAAGCUCCCAACUUCUCCACCUCCGGUUACUCCACGAUGGAAUGAUUAUGCCCACAGCAAAUCCUUCUCCAACAAAAUUCUUGCUCUCAUGGGGUCCCCUAGGCCUCCUACAAAAUAUGACCGUCGGAUAUACCUCCUCAACACUCAAAACAAGAUGAACGGAUAUACGAAGUGGGCUAUAAACAAUGUCUCCUUAGCAUUGCCAUCCACUCCUUACCUGGGCUCCAUGAAAUACGGUCUGAAAAAUGCUUUCGAUCAGAAGAACCCGCCGGAGAACUUUGCCGACAAUUACGACGUGAUGAGUCCGCCGAUAAAUCCUAACACAACUUCCGGCAGCGGCGCUUACAUGAUAGCGUUGAAUACUACGGUGGACGUGAUACUUCAGAACGCAAAUGCAUUGAGUGAUAACGUCAGCGAAAUACACCCGUGGCAUUUGCACGGGCAUGAUUUUUGGGUGCUGGGAUAUGGAGAAGGCAAAUUCUCAGACAAGGAUGAGAAGAAGUUAAACUUGAAGAAUCCGCCGUUGAGGAAUACGGCCGUCAUUUUCCCGUACGGAUGGACGGCUUUAAGGUUUGUGGCAGAUAAUCCGGGAGCAUGGGCGUUCCAUUGCCACAUUGAGCCUCAUUUGCAUAUGGGUAUGGGCGUCGUCUUUGCUGAAGGCGUUCAUCGUGUGAACAAGAUUCCUCGUGAGGCUCUCGCUUGCGGUCUGACAGGGAAGAUGUUCCUCAACAACAACGACAACAACCACAACUGAGUCGACUAAUGCCAUCUUUCGUUUAUUAAUGUUUAUGCACUUAAUUAUUAUGUAAUGCAAUGUAUUACGUAUCUCUUUAUCUAUUACACUAUCCUGUAACCCGCUCUAUGCCAGGGUAUAUGUAUCUCUUUAUCUAUCGGAGACAUAUGUAAUAUGAUAAUAGGCCACUCAUUUCCCAA